CCGUCAUCGUCGUAAUGUAACACGGGGUAGCGGCGCGGCGCGGGCGGUGCCGGCGGCGUGCGGCGGCGCGCUCGGAGAACGUCUCUGCAGAUGGCGGGCUGCGGGAGCACGCAAGAAAGCGUCCAGACAGAUGCGUGACGCAGCGCGCAGGACCGGCCCCCCGCGCCGCGCGGUGCGUGCACACUCCCCCGCGGUCGCCUCCCGCACAACAGCUCCUGACAGAACACAUCGAUUUAGCGUGGUGCGUGAACCCGCAGCGAGCUCGCUGGCCGAGGGCAGGCAGCGCGUGGUGUGCGGUGGUGGUGCAAGCGGUGCGUGGCGCCGGUGCAGGCGGUGCGUGCUGGAGCGCGUGGCGCGGGCGGGGCGGGCGCGCCGCGGCCCGGGCGCCAGUCGCUCAGAGGCAAGCGGGCGGCUCACGUCGCCCAGCGAUCUCCCGGUGCACCGCUGCAACGUUGCGGUCGCGAUCUCACGCUAAGGUACGCGACACGCGGCCCACAACUCACUGCACACAUGACUCUAUACACUUGUGCAAUUUUAAUUCAUAUCUACGAUUUCGUGCAAAUUGUUGCUCGCAUCCGACCCAUCGGCCUCUCGUGCCUCCUUAUCAAUCCUGCUAACAAGUCUCGAGGCUCGAGUUCAAGUUAAUUAAGCAUAAACGAUCCGCGCGACACGCGGCGUACAGUGUAGUCGGCGUGCGUUAUUCGAACUUUUCUCUUAUCUAAAUUUAAAUCGUCAGCUAAAAUAGUUUAGACAUUACACAGUAAUAUAGUGCUUCAGAUAUCAGUUGAAUUGUUGUUCUUACAUAUAUAACUAAUAUUUAAAGUGCCUAACGAGGUUUGCUGUAGUUUUUUAAUUAUUCAUUUUAUUCUGUUAAUAAAUAAUUGGUGUUAGAUUCACAUACAAAUACUCGUACAAACGGUGACAGUGGACCGGUAUUGAGAUAUUUCCGUGGACAAUAAUCAUAUUGGUGGAUAGUGCUUUUUUUAACCAAGCAGCUUUGAAAUUCACCGAUUAUGUUAUAAAGUGAUGGGGCGAAUUUCGAGAGGAGUGAAGAGCGCGGUCACGUGGGCGUGCGCGCAAGCGAUCGCGGAAGCGGGCGCGGAGGCGAUCGCAGACGCGUAGCGCGGCGCGGUGGCGGGUGCGCGCGCGGCAGCGGCGGCGGCGGCGGCGCAUGCACGCCACUGGCCACACGGACCGCUCGGGCGGCGGCGGCGGCGGCGGCUCUUGGCGCCUCCCGCCCGACGAAACGCUGCAAGUCGCCGACCCCAAGUCCGCCAAGGAAGACGAUCUCUACCAAGGGGAUGGUCACAACUGGAGAAGUAUCAUAUUUUCAUUGAUGGUCAUCAGUUUUGUUAUAGCCGGCAUCGUCACAGCAAUUUAUUUAUUAGGUUAUGUGGACGAGUUAUUGUACUGGUCGGGUCGACGUAUGCGCCUGGACGAGUUCCUGCGCGGAGAUCUAACGGGCGAGCGGCUGCCAACCACGUGGGUCAGCUCACACCAGCUCGUCUACCAGGCGGACGACGGAGGUCUACUCGCGCUAGAUACAUUCAACAACACACUCUCCGUGCUCGUCACCAAUCACACUCUACGGCAGCUGAAUGUGCGAGGAUACCAAUGCUCGCCGAACUUGCGCUACGUUCUCUUUCAACACAAUAUCAAGGAGGUUUAUCGGCGGACAUUUACGGCACACUACACAGUUUAUGACGUCACAAAUGACCACCACAUACCGCUGUUUGGCGACGGCCAAAGCAGCUGGGAGUGGCAGUACGCGGCGUGGCUCGGCGCCGACGGGGCCUUACUGCUGGCGGCGGAUAACGAAGUGCUGGCGAGGCCCGGGCCGCCGGCGCGCCGUGCGCCGCCUCUGCGCCUCACCAACGACGCCGCCCCUGGGCGCAUAUACAAUGGGGUCUCCGAUUGGUUAUACCAAGAGGAGGUGACGAAAACCCCAUCUGCAACUUGGGGCUCUUCUGACGGCACACUCGUAAUGUAUGCACAGUAUGACGAUAGUGCGGUCUCGGAGCUUCGAUUUCCUCGGAUCUCCGAGGGGAUCGGUGGAGCCGGCGCCGCCAGGUCCGGUUUCCUACUACCCACAAACAAUAAUAGUCUGGCUUCAGUCUUCCCUGAUCAUAUAACUAUCAGAUACCCAACGCCUGGCAGUUCUAUACCUAAAGUGAAGUUAUGGAUAGUGGUAGUAGAAAACACGACUUCUCCAACGAGAUGGGAAGUUAGACCUCCGGGAACAUUGGAUGGAAUGGAAUAUUACCUCAUAUCAGCCCAAUGGGUGGGCAAAGACAAUUCUCAUGUAGGGGUAGUGUGGAUGAACCGUGCGCAAAAUCUUACUGUAUAUAGCAGCUGUUAUGCACCUAACUGGACUUGCACUGAGACGCAUUCAGAAAAAGCAACAGAUGAACCAUGGUUAGAAGUUCAUCAACAGCCGGUGUAUUCAGAGGAUGGUAGCGCAUUCCUGCUGUUAGCAGCUGUGCAAGAGGGCGGCGGGCAAUAUUACACACACAUCAAACACGUAGAUGUGCUGCGACAACGCAUCGCUGUGCUCUCACAUGGCAAGGUUGAGGUAGCCGAGAUCCUGGCGUGGGACCAGGAUAAUCAUUUAGUUUAUUACUUAGGUUUAGACAAAGAAAAGUUGUACAUACCAAAUCUGCAUCCAGAUAUGGUGAAAGAAGCUAAUCAAAGUAGCGCAGAGAGACCGGGUCAGAGGCAUGUGUACGUUGUCCGGGACCCGAGCUAUGGUGGCGGCAGUAACUCUGUGAGAGCGCGGGCUGAGCGCGAGGAACCUCGGUGCCUUACGUGUGAACUGGCCGUCUGGCCAGCUCGACUACACUACGCCAAUUGCUCUUAUUGGAGAGCCACUUUCUCGCCGCCAAAACCAAGAGUUGGAAUAUCGCAUUAUGUUCUAGAAUGCGGCGGUCCCGGUCCCCCUCUUGCAGGAUUACAUGAUGCUAGAACACAUAAGCUAGAGAGAAUAUUGUAUGACACGAGGCCUUAUAGAUCGGUUCGGCUGCGCGAGUUAGCUUUACCUACGCGACGGUCGUUCGACGUUCAACUAAGCAGCGGCUCCAAAGCCCGAGUGCAGCUGCUGUUACCGCCUUCAUGGCGCGAAGAGUUGCGCGACGCUGCCUUCCCAGUUCUCGUUCACGUAGACGGACGGCCUGGCAGCCAACAGGUGACGGAGAAGUUCCUGGUGGACUGGGGCUCGUACAUGUCGUCGCGUAACGAUGUAGUCUACGUGAAGCUGGACGUGGCGGGCGCUAGGGGCCUUCCUCGGGCACUGCUGCGAGGUCGCCUCGGGGGUGUCGAGGUCGCAGACCAGUUGGCUGUUAUUAGAUAUUUAUUAGACACUUUCAAAUUUUUGGACGUAACCCGCGUCGCAGUGUGGGGCUGGGGUUAUGGCGGAUACGUAACUGCCAUGCUGCUUGGCUCUCAGCAAUCGACACUCAAAUGUGGCAUCGCCGUCUCACCAAUCACCGAUUGGCUUUAUUACAACGCGGCGUUCACGGAGCGGAUCUUAGGGCAGCCGUCGGUGAACUACAAAGGUUACGUGGAGGCGGACGCGUCGCAGCGCGCGCACCACGUGCCGCCGCACGCGCUGUACCUGGUGCACGGCAUGGCCGACAUGAGCGCGCCCUACCCACACGCGCUGCAGCUCGCGCGCGCGCUCACCGACGCUGGCGUACUUUUCCGAUACCAAGCUUACGCUGACGAAGGGCAUGACCUAAAAGGAGUUAUCGAGCACGUAUACCGUUCGAUGGAGGAUUACCUACGCGAGUGCCUCUCCCUCGACCCCGAGGAUACCAAGCUACCCCCUCCUGACAGAUAAAAGUGAUAUUUGCAAACAAUCAACCGAGCAAUAAUUUGUACCCGACCGUCUCAAUACAUAUAUCCAAAUGUUAUUAAAUUCCUGUCUGUAAAUAUGUACAUGAAAUAGUGCUUUAAUGAAAUGUGUUCCCCUCGUUUGGUUCAACAAUGCCUUCUAAUCGUAAAAUCUCAUACAUCAUUAUUUUUGGCGACAGCGAGAGAGCGAGGGUUAUGUGAUUAGAUAUAGAAUCGUAACUUAUGAUAAUAAGAAGUCCGUUCUGUUAUGACAAUUUUGCAUUAUUAAUUAAAUUAUUAACUAGCAAUAGUGUAUUUACUACUAGAUUCAUUUUGUAAUAGAUAGAGAUACAAAAGAGAACGGGCUGCGAUGGUUAGAUUAAUUCUUCAAAUUGAAUAAUGUAAUUCUCAUUCGAUCCAUGAAACUUCGCUUCAGCACCCUUCGCCUAAACUAUCAUACCGUGUCUUCUAAUCUAAGUAAAGCCUAGAUAGGAAAUAAAUUCUGAACAUGAAUUAAAAAUAAUUUUAUAACAAGUACAUAAGGUCCAUUUUCCAGAUCACUAUUAUGUACAUUUCAUUAAAUGAACACAUCGUGUUGUACAUUAUGGUCAUACUGUUCGUUAUUCAUAAACUUUCGAGCUUGUUCUAUUAGGCUUUUACUGUUUUCUACCGUCGCCUUUAUUAUACCAAGUCUUUUUAUCGUCUUCAUUCUAAAAUGGUACGUAGUUUACUGUUAGUUU